AUGGCUUCCUCUUCUUCUUCGCCUCGAACCUGGAGAUAUCGCGUUUUCACGAGUUUCCAUGGACCAGACGUCCGUAAAACAGUUCUCAGUCAUUUACGCAAACAGUUUAUCUGCAAUGGGAUUACCAUGUUCGAUGAUCAACGGAUCGAAAGAGGUCAAACCAUUUCCCCUGAACUCACACGAGGGAUUAGGGAAUCUAGGAUCUCGAUUGUGGUGCUCUCGAAGAAUUAUGCUUCAUCGAGCUGGUGUUUGGAUGAGCUGUUGGAGAUUUUGAAGUGCAAGGAAGAUAUUGGGCAGAUAGUGAUGACUGUCUUUUACGGAGUUGAUCCAUCUGAUGUGCGUAAACAAACCGGAGAAUUUGGGAUCCGAUUCAGUGAAACUUGGGCUCGUAAAACGGAGGAGGAGAAGCAAAAAUGGAGCCAAGCUUUGAACGAUGUGGGAAACAUAGCCGGAGAGCACUUCUUAAACUGGGACAAGGAAUCGAAGAUGGUUGAGACGAUUGCUAGAGAUGUAUCAAACAAACUAAACACUACAAUCUCUAAGGAUUUUGAAGAUAUGGUGGGUAUUGAAGCACACUUGCAGAAAAUGCAGUCUUUGUUACAUUUAGAUAAUGAAGAUGAAGCUAUGAUAGUUGGGAUUUGUGGUCCUUCCGGUAUUGGUAAGACUACCAUUGCAAGGGCUUUACAUAGCCGACUCUCUAGCAGUUUUCAGCUUACUUGUUUUAUGGAGAAUCUUAAGGGAAGCUAUAAUAGUGGUCUUGAUGAGUAUGGAUUGAAGUUGUGUCUGCAACAACAGCUUCUUUCAAAGAUUUUAAACCAGAAUGAUUUGAGGAUAUUCCAUUUAGGUGCGAUACCGGAAAGGCUAUGCGACCAAAAUGUUCUUAUCAUUCUUGAUGGUGUGGACGAUCUGCAGCAACUUGAGGCUUUGACUAAUGAAACUAGUUGGUUUGGUCCUGGAAGCAGGAUUAUUGUAACCACGGAAGAUCAAGAGCUUUUGGAGCAACAUGAUAUCAACAAUACAUACCAUGUGGAUUUCCCAACUAUAAAAGAAGCUCGUAAGAUCUUUUGUAGAUCUGCUUUUAGACAGAGUUCUGCACCAUAUGGUUUUGAAAAGCUUGUCGAAAGAGUGUUAAAACUUUGCAGUAACCUUCCCUUGGGUCUCCGUGUCAUGGGUUCAUCAUUACGCAGAAAGAAAGAAGAUGACUGGGAAAGUAUAUUACAUAGGCAAGAAAAUAGCCUUGAUAGAAAGAUCGAGGGAGUACUUAGAGUCGGAUACGAUAAUUUACAUAAGAACGAUCAAUUUCUUUUUCUCCUGAUUGCAUUCUUCUUCAACUACCAAGACAAUGAUCAUGUGAAAGCAAUGCUUGGUGACAGUAAAUUGGAUGUCAGAUACGGGUUGAAAACCCUCGCAUAUAAAUCUCUCAUACAAAUAUCAAUCAAAGGAGAUAUAGUGAUGCAUAAGUUACUACAACAAGUUGGUAAAGAAGCGGUUCAAAGACAAGAUCAUGGGAAACGCCAAAUCCUAAUAGACUCUGAUGAGAUUUGUGAUGUCCUCGAAAAUGAUUCUGGUAAUAGAAAUGUGAUGGGUAUAUCUUUUGAUAUAUCCACACUCUUAAACGAUGUGUAUAUAAGCGCAGAAGCUUUUAAAAGGAUCCGUAAUCUUCGUUUUCUCAGCAUUUACAAGACAAGACUUGAUACAAAUGUUAGACUGCAUCUAUCCGAGGACAUGGUUUUUCCACCUCAACUAAGGUUAUUACAUUGGGAGGUAUAUCCAGGAAAGAGUCUUCCUCAUACAUUUAGGCCGGAAUAUCUUGUGGAACUUAAUUUGCGAGAUAACCAGCUCGAGAAGCUUUGGGAAGGAAUCCAGCCCCUUACAAAUCUCAAGAAGAUGGAAUUGUUACGGUCCAGUAAUUUAAAGGUACUCCCAAAUCUUUCAGAUGCUACAAAUCUUGAGGUAUUGAAUCUGGCUCUUUGCGAGAGUUUGGUAGAGAUUCCUCCUUCCAUUGGAAAUCUUCAUAAGCUAGAAAAGUUGAUUAUGGAUUUCUGUAGAAAGCUAAAAGUUGUUCCGACUCACUUCAACUUGGCAUCUCUUGAAUCACUCGGGAUGAUGGGAUGCUGGCAAUUGAAAAACAUUCCAGAUAUUUCUACGAAUAUCACAACACUCAAAAUCACAGACACAAUGUUAGAAGAUUUACCUCAAUCAAUUAGGCUCUGGUCUGGCCUACAGGUUCUCGAUAUAUAUGGCAGUGUCAAUAUAUAUCAUGCCCCUGCAGAAAUAUAUCUAGAGGGAAGAGGUGCAGAUAUUAAGAAAAUUCCAGAUUGCAUCAAAGAUCUUGAUGGGUUAAAAGAGCUUCAUAUAUAUGGCUGUCCAAAAAUCGUAUCACUGCCAGAGCUCCCUAGCUCUCUUAAGAGACUAAUAGUAGACACUUGUGAAUCACUGGAGACACUAGUACAUUUCCCUUUUGAGUCUGCAAUUGAAGAUCUAUAUUUCUCCAACUGCUUCAAAUUGGGUCAAGAAGCACGUAGGGUCAUUACUAAGCAAUCUAGGGACGCAUGGCUACCUGGAAGAAAUGUACCAGCUGAGUUCCAUUACCGAGCUGUUGGAAAUUCCUUAACCAUCCCUACAGAUACCUACGAAUGCAGGAUUUGCGUCGUGAUAUCUCCUAAACAGAAGAUGGUAGAAUUUUUUGACUUGUUGUGUCGUCAACGCAAAAAUGGUUUCUCUACUGGCCAAAAAAGACUUCAGCUUCUCCCCAAGGUCCAAGCUGAACAUCUAUUUAUAGGCCACUUUACUCUUUCUGAUAAACUGGACAGUGGGGUAUUGUUGGAAUUUAGCACCUCAUCCAAGGACAUCGACAUUAUUGAAUGCGGUAUCCAGAUCUUUCACGGACACUACCGAUAG